UGUGCCCUGCGCUAGACACAGAAUGAGAUCGUUUUUACAUUCAGUCUUUUAAUAUUGUUUAUAUACCGCCAUUAAAUCAUUCUACCUUCAAAAAAUGAUUAGAAAACAACCCAUGAGGUGUGCGUUUGAAUCUAUUAUAUUACAUCUAUGCACUGUAGAGUAACAGUCAGACUCCCCUCCCUCUCCUGUGUCCUGUGUUUGUACCCUGUUUUGUGCCUAGUGCUGGUCAUUAUUUCAGUGCAAUGACAAAUUAAUCUGAUUUAGAGUGAUUCGGGAGGACUAUUCGCCUGACAGGAUUUCUGCGAUGAUGAUGAAGUAACAAGCUGCUCGACAAUGUCAAACUUUGCCAACUGCAUCUGAUGAGACGAGGACAAUAACUCGGGGAAAACAUUUGCAACGUCUGUGGAUUAAACCUGAAGAUCAAGAUGAAGUUCGCCCAGAUCAUGCUGAAGAACAGCUCGAAGCUGAACAUACCCAAACAAGUGGACAGAUUUUCUAAAUUCUCCCCGUCGCCGCUGUCAAUGAAGCAGUUCAUUGACUUUGGAUCUGCCAAUGCGUGUGAGAAGACCUCCUUCAUGUUUCUGAGGCAAGAGCUUCCUGUCCGGCUAGCAAACAUCAUGAAAGAGAUCGACUUUCUCCCAGACAAACUGCUCGGCACUCCUUCACUGAAGCUGCUGCAGAGCUGGUACGCUCAGAGCCUAAUGGAGCUGGUGGACUUUUUGGAGAAAGACCCUGAUGAUAAAAAAAUCCUGACGAAAUUCACAGAAACGCUGAUCAAUGUCAGGAACAGGCAUAAUAAUGUGGUGCCCACCAUGGCACAGGGUGUGCUGGAGUACAAGGAGGCCUUUGGCGUGGAUCCCGUGACCAAUCAGAACGUCCAGUAUUUUCUGGACCGCUUCUACAUGAGCCGAAUCUCCACACGCAUGUUGAUGAACCAGCACACGUUAAUCUUUGAUGGCAGCACCAAUCCAGCCCACCCCAAACACAUUGGCAGUAUCGACCCAAACUGUGACGUUGUGGAGGUUGUAAGAGAUGCCUAUGAAAGCUCCAAGAUGCUGUGUGAUCAGUACUACUUGACCUCUCCUGAAGUGGAAAUCAAACAAGUGAACUUUAAAGGACCCAGUGACCCUAUACAUAUAGUUUAUGUGCCUUCUCAUCUCUACCACAUGCUCUUUGAGCUUUUCAAGAAUGCAAUGAGAGCAACUGUGGAAACCCAUGAGACCAGCCUACAUCUCCCACCAAUCAAAGUGAGAGUUUCUCUAGGAACAGAAGAUCUGACUAUUAAGAUGUCUGACAGAGGCGGUGGAGUUCCUUUGAGGAAAAUUGAGCGACUUUUUAGCUACAUGUAUUCAACUGCGCCGAGUCCUGUGGCUGAAGACACUCGUAACGCUCCCCUGGCUGGUUUUGGCUAUGGUCUUCCUAUCUCUCGUCUCUAUGCUAAAUACUUCCAGGGAGAUCUGCAGCUCUACUCAAUGGAGGGAUACGGCACAUCGGCAGUCAUAUAUCUAAAGGCCUUAUCCACUGAAUCAAUAGAGAGGCUUCCUGUGUUCAACAAGUCAGCCUUAAGGCACUAUCAAACCAGCACAGAAGCGGAUGAUUGGUGCAUCCCGAGCAGCGAGCCCAAGAAACUGGGAAAGUAUGAGUUCAGCGUUUGAGAAGCUCAUUCGAUAAGCAGCCCAUGGACUGAAUGCAGCUAUGAAUGAACCCUAGCGGAGGAAGCCUAGAGUUUAUUUGGGUAACUACAUACGUGACUCUUCAGGUAUUUCAGAAGCAUGGUAUUAUCAAAUGGUUGAUAAUUGACUAGAUGAAUGUUACAGUCUGAACAACAAGGGCAUUUUUGUCUUCCACGUUGCUUAUAAUACACAGGCUUUAUUUGCAGUGCUAACUCUCAUUUAGAGUUUCAAUGGGAUAGUUAAACAUUUUUUCCGAGACGUCAGAAACUUAAGUCGAAUGUACUAAAGCGGACUUGUUGUUUGAGCAUGUGUUGAUUUCUACACAUUACCACUGACUUUUAAUUGAUUUUCUAAGUGUGUUCCAGUGUAUACACAAACUUGUGUUUUUGUCCAUGGGGCCAAGUUACCAGCAUUAUGUCGAGUUAUUGCAUGCAAACAUUUGGGAAAAGCAACCAAAAGUAGCCAAGGUUGUGUUUACAAUCUUGGUUAAAAAAUGCAUUCACAAUGCAAACAGUAGAAUGACCAUAGUUGUGUGCGUAUUGCUUGAUUAUGAACUUGAAAUGUUCCUGUAACCGUUGGACCUACCGUCUAACACUCUAUUUCGUUUGAAAUGUAAAUACGUAUUGCUAUCAUUGAGGCCAAACCAUUUCAUAAACAUCUUAAAGAGGCUAUAUUGUAUACUGAAUUUAGAAACCCUUAAUAUUAGCAACCAGUGGUGGUUAAGUGAACUGCAGCCAUCAACUAACUGCUCAUUCUUGCAUUAGCGAACAUGUAAAAUACAAUAAUAAAUACAGUUGAAGUCAGAAUUAUUAGCCUUUCAGUUAAAUUUGAACUCUUUUCUA